UAAUUUAUUCCAACGCUCUCCUCUCCUCAAUAAAGGAAGCGACAAAGUCGUCUCUCCUUCCCCCACUCCCGUCACUUCCCCUCCAAUUGACAGGCUUCGCCUCCAUUGACCCACAACUCCUCUCCGCCUCCGCAGGCAACAGCAGCAGAAGGCAUGAAGGUACAGUGCGACGUCUGCGCGGCAGAGGCCGCCGAGGUGUACUGCUGCGCCGACGAAGCCGCGCUCUGCGACCGCUGCGACCGUCACGUCCACCGCGCUAACCGGCUCGCCGGCAAGCACCACCGCUUCUCGCUCCUCCACCCUUCCUCUUCCGCCCAAUCCCCGCCGCUUUGCGAUGUUUGUAAGGAGAAGAGGGGGCUGCUCUUCUGCCAGGAGGACCGCGCGAUCUUGUGCAGGGACUGCGACGUCCCGAUCCACAGCGCCACCGCGCUCACCAUGAAGCACAACAGGUUCCUCCUUACCGGCCUCAGCGUCUCGGCCGCUCCGCUCCCGCCGUCGCUGUCCGCGGAGGCCGAGGCGGUGGACUGUCUGCGCGGCAGCGGCGUGAGGGCCAAGAGCAGCAGCAGCAGCAGCUCAGCCACCACGGCGGCGACCACGAACAGCAACAGCAGCAGCAUCUCAGAGUACCUGAUCAAGAUGCUGCCGGGGUGGCACGUCGAGGACUUCCUGACCGACGACGAUGCCGUGCAUGCCUUGUGCAAGACGGAGGAAGAGGAGGAGGUCGAGCCGCUGUGUGGAUCGAACGCCAUUGGUGGGGCUCUUCCAGUUCCUCGAGUCCCGCAUUGGUUCUCAGGCGGCGAGGGAAUCGGGCUGGAGCAGGUGGAGUUGAAGGCAAGCAGCCGCAACAAGAGGCCGAGGAUAUCAGUAAGGUACCUGUAGCAAACGUGUAAUCACACAAAACAAUGGUCAGAUUUCACCGAGAGGAUGAACACAAUCAACAAUCCCAGCUGUGAGACGCAUUCUUUUUGAGCUUUCGGGGUGCCCAGCGCUGUUAAGCUGUCUGCCCCUCUCCGAAUGAGAAAGCUUUCAUGACGCCGAAACUAGUAGAGUUACCUGUGUGGUUGGACAUGCUUAGUACCAUGUACCUUUUUUCUUCUCCUUCUCCUUUUCCAGCCUUUUGGCCAUUUUUAUCCUGAUUUUUUUUCUUCUCUUUCUUCUUUCUUUACUAUGAGAAGGAACGAUAGAGAGAGGGUAGUCCAUCUCAGGAUGCAUCUGUUGUGGCCAACUCCAUCAGUUGUUAAUUAAAUUGAUCUGAUGCGUGUCAUUUGUAUUA